AUGCAGCUGGCUGGCUGGAUAAGUCGCCUCACCGCCGCUGGCUAUCUGUGCUACCUACAGGCCAUCCAUCGAAUCAUUGCCGAGUCUCACCGCUUGCCCUGGCGCGAGAAGCUGCUGGAGCUGCCGCCUGAGGAGCUCGUCGUGGUAGUUCUCGUCGUUUUCGUGUGCAUUGUAUUCCUGAAGGCCUACUGCAUUGGCAUCGUCUGGCGCUGUUACAAGUACCUGACUCUGCGUCAGCAACAUAUCCGCACAUUGUUUCCCUUCCUCGAGACGGGAUCCGGGAUCAAUGGUGUGGGCGGCACCUUUGCGGCUGAGGAGCGUGCCUACACCACUCUGUUGCCGAACUAUGAUGAGGCCAUUGCCCAGUACUUGAAGCAGGCACCGCCGCCAUCCUAUCAGGUGGCCAUGUCCAACUACCAAGAGGAUCAGGCCGGAAAAGCUGGCGGUGCUGAAGCAAAUCCUGGUGUGCCCCCCCUGUUCGUGGCUCUGGAUGCAGUGGCCACUGCAAACGUCGCCUCCAUUAUGGAUGAUAAUGAUAACAUUAUCUAG